UGCUGGGCGGAGAAGAGAGAAGAGGCGGAGCGACCAGGAAGCUUUAGGAAAACUUUUAAUAAGCAACAACUUCAGGUGGAAUCUGUUGGUUUACCGCUGAACACUGGAUUAUCCAAGAUCUCAAACUAUCACUGAGGGAUACUUAUUAGAAACUUGUGACAAGUUACAGACAGAAAUAGGCAGCCUACUAUGUAGUACAUUGGAAGGCAGAUUCCUAGAAGAAACUCGGACUUCCCGUUUAUCUACCUAUUGUCUGCUAUGCUGAACAGCCAUGGGAUUAUGAUGGAUCCAGACACUCAGACGCUAUACCAGCUUUUGGCAGAAGUGCAGUUGGAGAAAUUUUUCCUGAAGAUCCGUGAAGAACUUAAUGUGACACGUGUUGAACACUUGGAUUAUGUCAAGGACACAGAUUUAGAACAGAUAGGCAUCAAGAAACCAGGGCAAAGACGAUUAUGGGAAGCAGUCAAGCGUUACAAAAUCAAUAUGCGGCCACGAUCAUGGAUGUCCAAGGUCUUUUCUGGUCGUGGACCAGAAGGAGGUGAUCAGUCUGCUGGUGGUAUUGUGCCUGGUCCAGGUCCAGGUCCAGAGACAGUACGAGCUCUUACCUGCCUUAUCCAGGACAGUGAGCUGGUGUUUGGAGAAAAGUUGGGCUCAGGCUCCUUUGGAGUGGUGAAGAAGGCAGAGUGGCAUACACCUACUGGACAAGUGGUGAAUGUAGCAGUGAAGACUCUCAGGACCAAUAUGUCCAAGGAGGCAGAUCUAAUAACAGAAUUUCUGCAGGAGGUCACUAUCAUGCUCUCUCUGGACCAUCCCAAUAUUAUCCGUCUGUAUGGCGUAGUCCUUACCCAGCCUCUAAAGAUGGUGACUGAGCUGGCUUCUUUGGGUUCUCUGUAUAACAUGGUCCGCAUAUGGCGGGGCAAUUACCCACUGGCUCGUCUCUGGCUCUUCAGCACCCAAAUUGCUGCAGGGAUGGAGUAUUUGGAGUCACGUCAUUUCAUUCACAGAGACCUGGCAGCCCGGAACGUGCUUUUGGCCUCUGAAGAACUGGUGAAGAUUGGGGACUUUGGCCUCAUGAGGGGCCUGGGUCGUGACAAAGACCACUACAUCAUGGGAGCCCACAGACGUAUCCCAUUUGCAUGGUGUGCUCCUGAGAGUUUGCGUGUGGGCUUUUUCUCACAUGCCUCAGAUGUCUGGAUGUAUGGGGUUACACUGUGGGAGAUGUUCACUUACUGUGAGGAGCCCUGGCUUGGGUUGUCUGGAAGACAGAUCCUGUUUCGUGUUGAGCGAGAGGGAGAACGCUUGCCAAGGCCUAUUGAUUGUCCUCAGGAGCUCUACAGUGUGAUGCGAAAAUGCUGGGCCUGCAAUCCAACAGACCGACCCACAUUCUCACAGCUCACCACUAUGGUGGCUGAGGCCAAACCUAUGGAAGUGUGUGCAGUACGGGAUUUUGCAGAGGCCAGAAAGCUCCCGCUCCGGGUUAAAGAUGGCGUGACUGUCAUCGAGCAUGGGAUGGAUUUAUGUGAGUGGAAGGGUCAAAACCAGAGGACACUCUCUAUUGGCUGGUUUCCUCCAACUGUGAUCAAUUCCUUCAAUCCUACACUUGGCCCUAAUUCUGGAGCUGGUUACAUUUCUUCGCCCGUCAGAGGAAGCUUACAGCACACUGGACAUGGAGACAUGAAUCUAGAACGUAACCGGGGAAUACCAGAACGACCUGAUGACCAUGGAAAUUGGAAAACACCUUUAGUGAAGGAGAAACAAGAAUCCAAUCUUAUGAAAAUGGCAGGAAUGUCCCGCAGUCUAGAAUCUGUCCUGGGCCUCCCUCAAAGCAGUGGUCAAGGUGGUAACGGUAACUUUGCUCAGCGAACUAACGAACGAAAACCCAUCUCAUCUGCCCAAAUCCAGGACACCCGCAGGUUCAGUGAUGCAAGUGGAAUUAACCCUCCUCCACGGCCACCGCCACCCAACCUCAAACACUUAAAGCAUCAGAAUAUGAUUUUUGAUCGUAGAGCUGCUGGAAAUCCAGUUCAUGCUGCUUGGUUUCUUCCUCCUUCUCAACCAAAUCCGCAGUUCGUACCUCAGCAGCUGGCUAAAGGUCCUACCAACUUAACCAAGAUGGCCCAUCUAGCUAAAUCACUAGAUAGUGACAUAGGAAUGGAGAAAGAAAGAGAUCGAGGGAAAGAAAAAGAGCGGGUACGGGAAAGGUACCCACCACAACAGAACCAGGUAGAUAAGGAGACCCUGAAAGCACAGGUUAUGGCAGCUGUACAUGGAGUAACUGAUGAACAGGUUGUUAAAGCCCUACAACGCAGUGACUGGAAUCCAGUGAGGGCAGAGCAACAGCUGAAGGCAGAGCAGCUUUACCACAUGAGCCAGUGCUCACGAGAGGACUGCUAUAAGAUUCUAGCCCGCUACAAAUGGGACCUGCAGCAGGCCAGCUGUUUUAUUAUACGCAUGGCUAGUGAGAGACGCAAUGACAGGCCUUAGAAACUAUAUAUUUCAAUAAUAUAUAAAUGAUAUAUUUUAGUCAAACAUAUAAGUGGACGUAUACUCUAUGAGUUACACUUCAGGAUUCAUGGGGUCUGUGCCAAUCCGCAAAAGGGGGAUGUGGUAGGCACUACCACUUCUGGGCCAGUGAGAAAGGCCCUUAACCCUCAAUUGUUCAGUUGUAUAAAUUGAAAUAAAAAAUGCUAAUCACUCUGGAUAAGGGUGUCUGCUAAAUGCCAGAAAUGUAAAUGUAAAUGACUAAACUGGCUUGACCACUGCUGUGCCACUGUGGUGCUAUUCUCUCUUUGUGGUUGGAUCAUUCCCGUGUAUUGAGGUUAUAAUCUAACACCACUUCAAGCAAGCUUUAGACCAAUUAACACAAUUUUAUAAUCUGUGUCUGUUGCGUUUUUUUGGGGAAAAACCCCACAAGUGCAAAAUGCAGGAGCAGGAUUUCUGAUUUAUCACCUUUAAUAAAUAAGAUAAGGUUCUUUGCUAUACACUUUGCUUUCUGAGCAAACAGAAAACACCUCGUUGCCCUAUCACCUGUUUCAAAGUGUCUGAAUAGUCACAUAUUUUAAAGAAGACGUGUCGUUUGAGAUAAAAACUUGUCCCUGCAUGCCUUAAAAGCAGCUUGCUUAUCCAACACCAAACUUAUAAAUAUGUAGCGACUCAGCAUUGCCCCCUACCUGCUGAACGAGGGGCAGCUUCACUCAAAUGAUGAAUCACUCAACCUCAGCACUCUGUUUUAAAAAUGAAGGAUUUUUUAAAAUGUUUUACUUCAUUAUAAUUCAAGAAUAAAUGUUGGGGAGGGGUGGAACAGAAACUCUGGACUGUUUACAAUUUUAUACAUGGACAGUUUAGUUCAUUUAAGUGCUUUUGUUGAAUAUGUAUGUAAUAGGUUCAUAGGAAAAUGAUUGUUGAAUGUUUAGAUCUGAAUCUGUGUUAAAUUAAAACUAGUAAUAGUAUGAAUGUACUUCAUGGCCAUCAAUACUGGCUCCUUAUUUUGUUGUAGAUAAAAUAAAUAAUUUUGUCUUUUUUGUA